AUGAGCCGACCAGCGCUUCUCCGCUUGAUUGCACAGCCAAAGUCCUCGACCAAGAAAUACAGCCUUCAGAUUUCCUGCUAUGUGAAGCCCAACACCGCUUCAAAUCGCGUGGGGGUGACGACUGUUGGAGAAGACCGGUUGGAUAUCUCAGUGGCGGCGGUCCCCCGCGACGGAGCAGCCAAUCUCGCUGUUUCGCAGAUCAUAGCUGCAAUCUUCAGAGUUCCCAAGUCGAAUGUCGAGGUGAUCCGCGGAGCCAAGACGCGCGAAAAAACGUUGUGCAUCGCAGAUCUCAACAUCGGCGACGACGGGGAGGAAGUAUUCAUACAACAAGCUACACGGAAACUCGUCGAAGCUACUGUCAAGAGAGGCUCGAAAUAG